GUCCUCUGCCGUCCCGUUACAUUUCACGGUAACCGUUUGUUUUGUUGUCGCCCCAGUCUCUCGGUAAAAUACAGCAGCAUGUCGGUGUUUGGUGAGGUCGCUUUAGCAGCCCCUGUAGCUGUCUUCAAGCUAUCACAGGAUUUCAACAACGACCAAUUUCCCAACAAGGUGAAUCUUGGAGUAGGAGCCUACCGGACAGACGAGGGAAAACCAUGGGUUUUGCCGGUGGUGAAAAAGGUUGAAAAGGUUAUUGUGCACGAUGACAGUCUUAACCAUGAGUACCUGCCCAUCCUGGGCCUGCCUGAAUUCAGAUCCUCAGCCUCUAAGAUCGCACUGGGAGAAGACAGUCCUGCCAUCCAGGAGAACAGGGUUGGGGCUGUCCAGUGUCUGGGUGGUACAGGGGCUCUGAGGAUGGGUGCAGAAUUUCUCAGGCGUUUCUACAAUGGAAACAACAACACCAAAACACCCGUCUAUGUGUCCUCACCUACCUGGGAAAAUCACAAUGCUGUUUUUGCCAAUGCUGGCUUUGAUGAUGUCCGUCCAUACAAGUACUGGGAUGCAGCAAAUAGGGGCCUUGAUUUGGCUGGUUUCCUUGGAGACCUGGAGAGUUGUCCAGCACACUCUAUCUUUGUCCUGCAUGCCUGUGCGCACAACCCAACUGGCACAGACCCGACACAGGAGCAAUGGCAGCUGAUCGCAGAAGUUAUGAUGAGGAGGCAGCUGUUUGUGUUCUUCGACUCGGCUUAUCAGGGUUUCGCCUCAGGCAAUCUGGAUAAAGAUGCCUGGGCGGUCCGCUACUUUGUCUCCAUGGGCUUUGAAAUGUUCUGCGCUCAGUCUUUCUCCAAGAACUUUGGCCUCUACAAUGAGCGUGUGGGCAACCUGACCAUCGUUGCUCGUGAUGCAGACAACCUGAAGCGAGUGCUGUCCCAGAUGGAGAAGAUUGUGAGGACCACCUGGUCCAACCCACCCUCUCAGGGGGCUCGCAUUGUUGCCGUCACUCUUACCUCACCUGAGCUCUUCAGUGAAUGGAAGGACAAUGUGAAGACCAUGGCUGACAGGGUCCUGUUGAUGAGGGCUCAGCUGAAAGCUAAGCUCCAAGCUCUGGGGACAGCAGGCACCUGGGACCACAUCACAGAGCAGAUCGGCAUGUUCAGCUUCACAGGCCUCAACCCCAAACAAGUGGAGUACAUGGUGAAAGAUAGACACAUCUACCUGAUGGCCAGUGGGCGCAUCAACAUGUGCGGUUUGACCUCCAAGAACAUAGACUACGUGGCAGAGUCCAUCCAUGAGACUGUCACCAAUGUCCAGUAAAAGACUACACUACCCACAGUUCUUAGUACUUCCUCCAUUCCGACCUCAAGUCACCUGAUUACAGCGAAAAUAUUUACUGUCUACCUGAUUUCUUAGGGCGAUCAUACAUUCUCAUUUGCACAAAUAUACAGACAGCCCUCACCUUUCUAUAGUGUUUGUGCUAAGCUAUCUCAACACACAAUUGGGACUUAUUCUGUUAAUUAUUUGUCCACUAGUUGUCUUUAUGUUGGUCUCCUACUUAUAAUAAGUCUGUCAGUGUAUGUGUCAACACUCAGGACCUUUUGAAAAGGUUGGUACAUCUGUGACUGUGUGACAAUUAUCUCAGCAGUGCUGACUCAGCUUCUUGUUUAAUGUCAUACUGCUAUGAUUCAUUCAUUCCAAGUGUUGAUAACGCAUUUCCAAUUUUAUUUAACCUGCCGUUAUUAGCCUGUGUGAUUACAGUUAAGAGCACCUACCAAACUGACUAAAUGUAGCUUCAAUUAGACAAACAAAUUAUAGUAAAUUACAUUACAUGUUACUUGUUAGACGCUUUUAUCCAAAGCGACUUACAUACUCAAUACUGUGGAC